GAAAGCGUAUGUACACUUGUCUGAUGAGCAACAUGCUUCGACCCACCGCCUCAAAUUCUACCACAGUGACAGUCCCUGCAGCGCUGUCAGACAUCGAAAAUGAACUACUUGAUAUAACCAAGAAAUUUGGACCUAUUGUCUCACAUAAUUACGCUGUAUUUCAACCGUUUUAUGAAGAAAUCUUAACGAAUAUUCCAUCGUAA